AUGGAAUGGAAUGGAAUGGAAUGUUAAAAUGGACAAUCAAACUAUUUAUUCCGUGUUAAAGAAAUCAUGCGAACUUUGCUUCAUCUUCUAAAUCACUCCCCCUUUCCCACUCUCUCCUUCCUCCGCUCCUCAUUCCCAUCUUCAUACAAUCCCCGCCACUCAACCCUUCGAAGCUUUGCACUUAUGGCCGACGAACUCGUCAGAGGCAACGUACUCCAAAACGGCGUAGCUCUCAUCACUCUCGAUCGCCCCAAAGCUCUUAAUGCCAUGAAUUUAGAUAUGGACGUCAAAUAUAAGAGUUACCUUGAUGAAUGGGAACUUGAUCCGAGAGUGAAGUGUGUUUUGGUUGAAAGCAGCUCAUCUCGCGCAUUCUCAGCAGGAAUGGAUAUUAAGGGUGUUGCUGCUGAAAUUCAAAAGGACAAAUCCACUCCUCUUGUCCAGAAGGUGUUCACUGCUGAAUAUUCUCUUAUAUGCAAAAUAUUUGAGUACAAAAAGCCUUAUAUCUGUUUCAUGGAUGGUAUUACAAUGGGAUUUGGCAUUGGACUGUCUGGUCAUGGUCGAUACAGGCUCAUAACUGAGAAAACAGUCCUUGCUAUGCCAGAAAAUGGUAUUGGGUUGUUUCCAGAUGUUGGUUUUGCAUAUAUAGCAGCAAAAAGUCCCGGAGAAGGAGCAGUAGGGGCCUAUCUUGGAUUGACUGGAAAUAGAAUAUCAACGCCAGCUGAUGCUCUAUAUGUUGGUCUGGGAAGUCAUUAUGUUCCUUCUGGGAGCUUGGCUGCACUAAAGGACGAUCUCCUGGCAACCACCUUUUCUGAGGACCCUGAUCAUGACAUCAGAACACUGUUGGAAAAAUAUAGUAGAAAUCCGGAGUCCGAACCUCGUCUGAAGUUGCUUUUACCCCGGAUAAUUUCAACCUUUGGAAGUAACAAAUCCGUGAAGGAGGUUAUAAAGGAGCUGGAAAAUCAUCAGCUAAGUGGUGAUUCACUGGUGGCAGAGUGGGCAAAGGAUGCCCUGCAAGGGCUCAAGAAAGGAGGCCCCUUUUCUCUCUGCCUCACAGAUAAACAUUUUUCAAGAGUUUCUUCUGCUCAAGGAAACAAUAAUGGCGAGUUAUCCAAGCUGACUGGUGUUAUGAAAACUGAAUAUCGAAUUGCAAUAAGGUCGUCUCUUCGAAAUGAUUUCUCAGAAGGCGUCCGAGCUGUCUUAAUAGACAAAGAUCAGAAUCCCAAGUGGAAUCCUCCAAGCCCAGACGAAGUGAAUCCUGCUGAAGUGGAGGCUCUUUUUGAACCCUUGGGGCCAGAAAUCGGGGAAUUGAAUGUGUGAGUGGUGACUGCAACUCUUCCAAGCCAUGCUACUAAAGAUUCUCAGCUAUUUGGAAUAAGAUGAGAGUUUGAUUUAUCAGUGGAUAAACAGUGCUUAGGCAAAUGCUUUCCAUGUUAUUAAAGUAAAGCUGAAGAUCCAGACUUAAUACUUUUCAAGUAGCACCAUGUGCAUUGUCUGUCUGAAAAUUUUUGUCCGAAAACUUUGGUCUGACUAUAAUUUUCUAAAUAAAAAGUAGUACUAGUUCGUAAUU